GGGUCCCAGUGGGGAGCGAUGCAUCCACUUGCUGACCUCAGAAGGAUCCCAAUGGAGGUGGGGAGGAGGAGGAGGAGGAGGAGGGGGACAACACAGAACCAACAGAGCAGCUCCGUGUCGGGUGGGACCCCGAGGGUCGCGGGGAGCUGUAAUGGGGGUGGGCACCGCUCUGACCUCCCCCUCCCCGCCCGCCCCUUUCUAUGCCAUCCGACGCAGAUGCGCCUGGCUCCGCUCCGCGUUCUGCCCGCCUUGGCGCUUUGCGCGCUGCUGUGCGCGGCCGCGUAUCCACCGAAACCCGAAAACCCCGGAGACGCGGCGUCACCCGAGGAGAUCGCGCAGUAUUUCUCUGCGCUGCGCCAUUACAUCAACCUGGUCACGAGGCAGCGGUACGGGAAGCGCAGCAGCUCCGUGCCUGCAGUGUUGGUGCAGCCCGUGGGUCCCCGCAGUGAUGCACUGUGGUCCGACAUCGACGACGACUCCUCCUGGUGACCCCCAUUACCCCCAACCCCCCCACACCCCACAAAUUGUCCCCAUCUCUCCGUGUUGCUCCCAUCCGAGUGAGGGUGCAGCAAUGGGGGCUGCGUGAGCACUGCAUGGGGGGACCCCCAGAGCCUGGGGGUGUCCCGUGAAGGGGGGGGGGCACACAGACACACAGACACACAGACACACAGACACACACACAGAUCCCAUCUGCUGGGGGGGGUCCUGUGUGGCCCCCACACACUGCUGCCAGUGGCAAUAAAGAGCACGA